AUGCAGCUCACCACAACCCUCCUCCCCCUAGCAGCCUUCGCGGCAACCGCCCUUUCCCAAACAACCCCAACCCCAACAAUCCCCGAGGGCUACCGGAAAGUGAUCCUAAACACAAUCAAGGACGCCAAGUUCGCCGUUCAAGCCCAAACACCCAUCAAGAGCGGCUCAGGCAUCAUCCUCUUCACUGUCAAGGCCACUAGCCCCAAGCCUGAGCAGCAGUGGUGGAUCAAGGAUGGGAAUACCAAGGUUCAGCUGGCCGAUACCAAUUUUUGCUUGGAUGCUGGGACUGGAAGAAGCAACGGCUCGCCCUUGACCAUCCAAGACUGCGCCGACACCAAGGCUUCGCAAAAGUGGCUUUACCAGCCCGAGGGGUACCUGGUACUGGACCAAUCCUCUGGCACAAAACUCUGCGUCGACCUCUACACCGGUUCCGUCAGGGAUAAUACGAAAAUUGUGCUUUGGCAAUGCAUCAACGGGGACAAGAACCAUCAGUGGCCGGCGGCGAAUGUUACUGCCACCCCUUAA